AUGGGGAAAGCUCCCGCUCUUGAAGAUCUCACAGCCAACGGGGACAAAUCUGCUCCACGGGUAGAUCCCGACGUUAGUAGUGUUGAAGCUCCAGACUCCAACAAAGAGUCGCAGUUUCCUCCUCUGGGUCAGGUCAUCAUCAUCGUUCUGGCAAUCUACCUAGCUGCCUUCCUGGUAGCUCUGGAUCAAACUAUCAUCGGAGUAGCGAUUCCAAAGAUCACGGAUCAAUUCAAGAGUCUUCCAGAUAUUGCCUGGUAUGGCAGUGCCUAUUUCCUGACUUCAACUGCUCUGCAGCCCUCAUAUGGCAGAAUUUAUAAGAUUCUCAAUGUGAAAUUGUCUUUCUUGACUGCAGUGGGCAUCUUCGAGAUCGGAUCCUUGAUCUGCGGCGUGGCGCCUUCCAGCCCCGUCUUGAUCGCCGGUCGUGCAAUCGCAGGAAUCGGGGUUGCUGGCAUCUUUUCUGGCGCUUUGGUCAUCAUCUCCAUGACGGUGCCUCUUCCCAAAAGACCCCUUGUCUUUGGUAUCUAUGGCCUUGUAUGGGGUGUUGCCUCCAUUGUCGGUCCUCUCCUUGGUGGAGCGUUCACGGAUGGUCCGUCGUGGAGAUGGUGCUUCUACAUCAACCUUCCAGUGGGCGGCAUUUCAAUGGUGGUCGUCCUUCUUUUCCUUCGCUUGCCGAGCAACAAUCAGGCAACAACUUGGUCUCGCAUUGCUCAAGAAUUGGACCUGAUCGGUGCGAGCUUGAUUAUUCCAGCGGUCAUAUGCUUGAUUCUCGCAUUACAAUGGGGCGGAAACUCCUACGCUUGGGGGAGCUCUCAGAUUAUCGGACUUUUCGUCGGAUUCGGCCUCUUGAUUCUUCUUUUUGCGGCCUCUCAGGCUUGGAUCACUCGGCGAGACGAGAAAAAUGGGGCCAUUAGCAAGAGGACAAGCGCAACCUUGCCACCUUCGAUCCUUGCGAAGCGUUCCAUUUGGUCUGCUGGACUAUUUGCGUUCUUCUUUAGCGGCGGAUUUUUCCUUCUGGUCUACUAUCUCCCUAUCUAUUUUCAGAGCGUCAGAGGGUCAUCCGCAAUGACCGCUGGUCUUCAGCUUCUGCCAUUCAUGCUUACGACAGUGCUGUCAUCCAUCAUUGUGGGGGCGAUGGUGACAGCAGUCGGUUAUUAUACCCCUUUCUUGAUUGGCAGCACUGCUAUUUGUGCUAUCGGAACGGGCCUGAUCACCCUUUACGAUGUCGAUAUGUCUACAGCCAAAUGGAUUGGCUACCAGAUUGUCGUCGGGGCGGGUAUUGGUGCGGGUCUCCAGAUCCCAAUGACCGCCGUGCAGACAGUAUUGAGCCCUGAGGACAUCCCUGUGGGAACUGCCAGUGUCAUGUUUUUGCAAACUUUGGGGGGCGCUAUCUUCAUCGCGGUGGGCCAAGCAGUCUUUCAGAAUGGCUUGCAAGCUGGUAUUCGCGCAUACGCCCCCCGGGUCAAUCCAAGCGCCAUUCUCAAUGCGGGAGCUACCGAGAUGAGGCACGUGUUGGCAAAUUUGGGCCAACUCGAUCAGCUGGACGGGGUGAUCAAAGCUUACAUGAACGGAUUACGGGAUGCUUACCGCGUUAGCCUGGCUUUAUUACUUGUUGCAUUUGUGACUAGCUGCUUUUUGGAGUGGAAGAGUGUCAAGAAAAGCGAUGCGACUUUAAACGACGAUACAACCGCUGUGUCUGCCUGA